AUGCUGUCUUCGCUCUCUUCCAGCAUGGCCAAUGCCCGAACCACCGUGGCGCAGGUACUGAACUUUGCUCUGGUUUUGAGCACUGCUUUCAUGCUCUGGAAGGGGCUAUCCGUGGCAUCAGCAUCAAGCUCCCCCAUUGUUGUAGUGCUUUCGGGCAGUAUGGAGCCUGCUUUCCAACGAGGAGAUCUUCUGUUCUUGUGGAAUCGGAGCCCUCGAACGGAGCUUGGAGAGAUCGUCGUCUAUAACGUGCGCGGAAAAGACAUCCCUAUCGUGCAUCGAGUUGUUCGGACAUACCCCGAGGUCGAAGGAAAGGCGAAGAAAGUCAAGGAGAUCACAGUUGACUCAGCACCGUCCCAUAUGCUCCUGACCAAGGGCGAUAAUAACCUCGCAGACGACACAGAGCUCUAUGCGCAUGACCAGGACUACCUUGAUCGCUCCGAGGAUAUUGUAGGGAGCGUAAGAGGAUACAUCCCGAUGGUUGGGUACGUCACGAUCAUGCUGAGCGAACAUCCCUGGCUUAAAACCGUCCUUCUGGGAAUAAUGGGAUUGAUGGUGAUGCUUCAGCGGGAGUAA